AUGGCCCAUGAUGCGGUGCGAUUUCUACUCAGCUUCACAUCUAUCAUCGAGAUUGCACCACUCCGAGUAUAUUACUCGGUGCUGGUGGGACAUUGGGAUGCGGUCUUCAGUCUGGCAUUCUCGCCUGAUGACAAGUUGCUCGCGUCGGAUUCUCAAGAUGGAACCGUCCGGCUUUGGGAUGUGACCACGGGGACCUGUCGCACUACUCUCAAGGGCUGUUCGGGCAGGGUCAAUGGACUGGCAUUCUCGCCAGAUAACAGGCUUCUUCCGUCGGCGUCGUACGACGACACCGUCCGGCUCUGGGAUGUGACCACGGGGACCUGUCGCACUACUUUCAAUGGACACUUGGCCAGGGUCAAUAGACUGGCAUUCUCGCCAGAUGACACGCUUCUCGCGUCGGCAUCCCACGAUCAAACCGUCCGGCUCUGGGAUGUGACGUCGGGGACCUAUCGCACCACUUACGGGGGAGACAACAAAACCCUCCGGCUGUGGGAUCUGACGACGGAGUCCUGUCACGGUAGUCUACAGGGCCACUCGGACGCGAUCAAUGCACUGGCAUUCUCACCAGAUGGCAGGCUUCUCGCGUCGACAUCGGACGAUCGAACCGUCUGACUCUGGGAUGUGAUGAUGGGGACCUGGCACGCGACUCUACGGGGCCACUCGUCCGCGGUCAAUGAAGUGGCAUUCUCACCAGAUGCAAAGCUAGUCGCGUCGGCAUCGUACGAUGUCCGUCUCUGGGAUGUAGCGACGAGGAGCUAUCGCGCUACUGUCGAGCGCCAUUCAGACACCGUCGUGGAAGUGGAAUUUUCGCCUGGGUGCAAGCGAAGUGUAUCAAUAUGUAGCAACCAACGCGCCCUGUUCACUGACGGCGUCAGGAGGACCGCGUUGCGGGUAACGUGUGGAAACGAAAUAUUCAAUUCACAAUCAUUGUAUGAAUUGCAGGACUGGAUUUAUUUGGGGAUUCUGAGGUUAUUUCAGCUUCACCCUGAUUAUCGCGCUUUUUACACGGUCCAGGUCGG